AUGGGAAAACGAGGUGGAAAGAAGUUCAACCGUGGUGGUGCUCGUGGAGGCGGCCGUCGCGCCGAUAACUGGCAAGACAUCACCAGAACCAACGAGAAGCUUGAGCGCUACUACAAUGAGCCUGAAUUUCUUGCCGAUGAGGAAAGAGAAGCUUUCUGGACGCAUCUCCAGCGGGAUCUUCCCAACAGCUUCCGUUUCACUGGCUCUCGUGGCCACGCGCUUGCUGUCCAGCAACGUCUCCGUGACUUCUAUGUCCCCGAAAUAACCUCCAUCAAAUAUGAGGACCAGUUUGUCGACCCCCCGCGCCCGGUUGAGUGGUACCCGGACCAGCUUGCUUGGUGGAUGACAACCCCCAAGCAGGUCAUUCGCCGAUUUGCUCCCUUCUCUUCAUUCCAAAAGUUCCUUGUUGCCGAGACCGAAGUCGGAAACAUCAGUCGUCAGGAGGUUGUCAGCAUGAUUCCUCCCCUUCUCAUGGAUCUUCGUCCCGGUAUGACCUGCCUGGACAUGUGCGCUGCACCAGGUAGCAAGUCUUGCCAGCUGAUGGAGCUGAUCCAUGCGGGUGAGGAGGAUUCUAUUCUGGAUGUUGCCCAGAAGGUUAAGGAAGGCACUGCUGCGCCUGAGCCUCUCGGCCCAGAGGGAUUGAACGACGACGGCAGGACCACUGGUCUGUUGAUUGCCAACGACAGCGACUACAAGCGUGCGCACAUGCUUAUCCACCAGAUGAAGCGCCUGAGCUCGCCGAACCUGAUUGUUACAAACCACGACGCUACAAUGUAUCCAUCCAUUAAGCUUCCCCCGCUUCCUUCCACUGAUGGCAAGCCCCAGAAGGGCCGCUACUUGAAGUUUGAUCGCAUUCUUGCCGAUGUGCCCUGCUCAGGUGAUGGUACUGCCCGUAAAAACUACAACGUGUGGAAGGAUUGGAACCCCGCCAAUGGCCUUGGACUCCACCUCACUCAGGUCAAGAUCUUGAUUCGUGCCCUGCAGAUGCUGAAGGUUGGUGGACGUGUCGUCUACUCCACCUGCAGUAUGAACCCUGUUGAGAACGAGGCUGUCGUCGCCUGUGCUAUUGAGCGCUGUGGCGGUGCGGCCAACGUCAAGAUCAUUGACUGCAGCCAGGAGCUACCCGGUCUGAAGCGGGCAGCUGGUCUGAAGACCUGGAAGGUCAUGGACCGUGAAGGCCGCAUCUGGUCCAGCUGGAAGGACGUCCAGGAGCACAAGGACCAGGAGGGUGUUGAGGGUCUGGCUAGAUUCUCUGAGAGCUUGUUCCCGCCCAGUGGAGAGAACGCUGAUCUGCCACUUGAGCGCUGCAUGCGUGUAUACCCCCACCACCAAGACACUGGCGGCUUCUUUAUUACUGUUCUUGAGAAGACGGCCGAAAUCAAGGCCAAGGCAGUGGAUCACUCUGCUAUCAUUACUAAGGCGCCCAAGGUACCGAUCGCUGAUCUCGUUGCGGAGCUUGACUCUCGCAAGGACGGUGGCGAGCCCUUGCAGAAGCUGGAUGCCCUCGAUGGCGUUGCGACCCUUGAUGAGGAAACUAAGGCAGACCUUGCGAAGAACGAGUCCGUAGCCGAGGCAACAAACCAGCUCCCGUACUCCGCAACUCUUGAUGCCCCCGCGACUACUGCCCCCGCGACUACUCUGCCCGAGAAGCGCGGCGCGGAAGACCUGGAGGACUCUGUUCCGGCUAAGAAGACCAAGCUUGAUGACGGUAGCGAGGUUCUCAUCGGUGACCGCCCGGUUCACAAGCCCGCCGCCACGGCGAUUGAGGGUGAUAGCACUCCCGCAGUUCUGUCGGAUAAGCCCAAGAAGAAGGCGCCCCAGGAGGAUCCGUAUAAGUAUCUGAACCCUCACCAUGAGGAGCUCGAACCAAUUUACAAGUUCUACGAACUGUCUGAGCGAUUCCCCCGGGACCGCUUCAUGGUUCGCAACGCCGAUGCUACCCCAUCAAGAACUGUCUACUACACUAGCGCCCUUGCCCGGGACAUUCUCACCCAGAACGAAGGCUCUGGCAUGAAGUUUGUUCACUGCGGUGUGAAGAUGUUUGUGAAGCAGGAUGCUCAGCGCGAGAAUGUGUGCCGAUGGCGCAUCCAGACCGAUGGUUUGAAGAUCAUUGAGCCCUGGCUGGGUCCCUCUCGGUCCCUUGUCCUGACCAAGAAGGAGACCCUGCGCAAGCUUCUUGUGCAGAUGUUCCCCAAGGUCUCUGAUAAUGGCUGGCAGGAUCUGGGUGAGAUUGGUGAGCAGGUCCGGGAUAUCCCUAUGGGCUGCAGUAUUCUGCGUGUUGAGCCCAAUGGCAAGGAAGAUGGUCUCACUGAGCGUAUGGUGCUGCCUCUGUGGCGUUCCCUCUAUUCCCUCAACCUCAUGCUUCCCAAGGAAGAACGCCGUGCCAUGCUGCUCCGUAUUUUCAAUGACGAUACCCCGCUAGUCAACCCCCAGAAGAACUUCAAAUCUUCCACUGACAAGUCGGCCUCGGAGACUCCUGCCGUCGAGACUCCGGUCGAGUCCACUGCCGGCGCAGAGGACUCUGCUAUGAAGAACGAGAACAUCCAGAUCGGUCAGGAUGAGCAAGAGUAUGUCGACAGCCGUGAGACCUACACCAAGGCGAACGAUGAGGAAGAUCGCUUUAACACUACUGUUUAA